AUGGGUCCAUGGGCUCUCCUCCUUCUCUACGACUUGGUCUUCUAUGUCUACCGCUCGUGCGCCUACCACAUUCCCUUCAUCGGCGGCAAAGCCCAAGGCAAGCGACGACCACGAGCACCCAGCUUGACCGAAAGACCCAGUGGCCAGAAACGAGACGCUCCGAAAGUGCCCAUAUCUGCCGCCACGACGGGCAUGCAACAAAACGAGCAUACUGCUGAGAAGCGUUCGCUUGGACACAGCUAA